UUGGGCAAGAAUGAGGUGAGAAAGUCAAGGAUUAGGGAGUUCGGUGCAACAAUGUCAGCAUCAACUGAGAAUUGACAGAGAAGAGGGAAUUGGCACUGAAGGUUACGGCAGUGAUGGGGGUGAUAGAAAAUGGUGUUUGACUGCAUUGGAGGGUUAUUGACAUGAAGAAUAAUGAAUAAGCUUUUAGCUAGAUAUACAUCGAUUUUGCUUCAUCAACACUAUAUACCACGUGUUCAUCUCCAUCAAGUGAUACGACUCAGACUCCGCCACUUUGCCACUAGGUACACAGCAAAGAUCACCUCCACCUCUUCAACAGGUCGGUCUCUUGCCGCUGAGGUUACUGGGCCGCCACCACUUUCAGUUGACAAUAGAGGGUAUCUACUUCCUCGUUAUGACCUAAUUUGUAAAGCAACAAAAAUUCUCCUUCGUCAGCUCCCACAAUCCACAUCCACAACUCUAUCUUUUGAUGACCCUUUUUCAGAUCUCUCUGAUUACCUACACUCACUCUCUAUAACUCUCACCCCCUUGGAAGCAUCUGAAAUUCUCAAAGCAUUGAAAACCCCUUCACUUGCCUUGAGGUUUUUCCAGUUUUGCUCUUCCCUUUACCCAAAUUUCCGUCAUGAGUCCUUCACCUACAACCGUCUCUUCCUCAUCCUCUCAAAGUCAACCUCACCUCACCGUUUUGAUCAGGCCCGUUCAAUCAUUGAUGAUAUGCUUCAACAUGGAGUACGUGGCUCCAUCUCUACCAUCAAUAUCUUGAUUGGGUUCUUUGGAACUGGUGAGGACUUAGAGAGGUGUCUUGGAUUGGUGAAGAAAUGGGAUUUAAGACUGAAUGCCUACACUUACAAAUGUUUGCUUCAGGCAUACUUGAGGUCCUAUGAUUCAGGCAAGGCUUUAGAUGUAUAUAUGGACAUGCAACGGCGUGGUUAUAAGUUGGACAUUUUUGCAUAUAACAUGCUUUUGGAUGCUUUGGUCAAGGAUGAGAAGGUGAACCAAGCAUACAAGAUAUUUGAAGACAUGAAACGGAAGCAUUGUGAGCCUGAUAUGUUCACAUACACCAUUAUGAUCAGAAUGACCGGCAAAAUUGGUAAAACUAAUGAGUCAAUAGCCCUUUUUCAGGAAAUGUUGAAUAAGGGUUGCACUCUUCAUUUGAUUGCUUAUAACACUAUGAUUCAGGCACUUGCUAAGGGCCGGAUGGUUGACAGGGCCAUCCAACUCUUCUCAAAAAUGAUGGAGAAUGAUUGUCAGCCCAAUGAAUUCACAUACAGUGUGCUUUUGAAUGUUCUAAUUGCUGAAGGGCAACUAAGUAAACUUGACACUGUUUUGAAGUUAUCGAAGAAAUAUCUGAAUAGGAAAAUAUAUGCAUAUCUUGUAAAGACUCUAUGCGAAUUGGGCCAUUUAAGUGAGGCUCACAGGAUAUUUUGCAACAUGUGGAGCUUUUUUAAUGAGGGUGACAAGAAUGCUUGUAUGGCCAUGUUGGAGAGUCUAUGCUGCUCUGGUAAAACAAUGGAGGCUAUAGAGCUUCUAAAUAAAAUUCAUGAAAAGGGCAUCAGUACUGAUACAAUAAUGUAUAACACGGUAUUCACAGCUCUUGGAAAAUUGAAACAAAUAUCACACAUUCAUGAUCUUUUUGAAAAGAUGAAACAAGAUGGACCUCUGCCUGAUAUAUUUACCUACAAUAUCCUGAUUGCCAGCUUUGGAAGGGCUGGAAGAAUUGAUGAUGCUAUUAAAAUUUUUGAGGAACUGGAGACUAGCACUUGUAAACCUGAUGUUAUCUCUUAUAACUGCUUGAUUAAUUGCCUUGGUAAAAAUGGGGAUCUUGAUGAAGCUCACAUGAGGUUUAUAGAGAUGCAAGAGAAAGGAUUAAAUCCGGAUGUUGUCACUUAUAGCACACUUAUUGAAUGCUUUGGCAAGACAGAUAAAGUUGAGAUGGCUAGUAGAUUGUUUGAUGAAAUGCUUGCUAAAGGAUGCUCUCCUAAUAUUGUCACGUAUAAUAUCUUACUUGACUGUCUUGAAAGGGGUGGGAGAACUGCCGAGGCUGUGGAACUUUAUGCAAAACUUAAGCAGCAAGGAUUGACCCCAGAUUCAAUUACUUAUGCAGUUCUUGAACGGUUGCAAAGUGGUGGGCACAGGAAGUUUAGAGUUCGCAGGCAAAAUCCUAUCACUGGCUGGGUUGUUAGCCCUUUAUGAAGGUGCAUGCAACAAAAUUUUAUUGUCAAUUGUGGGUUGCUUCUGGACAUUUUUGGGGCUAUGUGCUAAAUCUAUAGCUUUGUAGUUGAUCUAGAAGCUAAAUUAGUAUGGCCAUUUGAUAAUGGGAGCGUCAAGAGGAAUUUAUGCUGGAUGACUGGGGAAUUUUCUACUUCUCCAUUGCAUUUGGAUGUGCCACUUGCCAGGCAUUUGCUCUUUGUUCUACAAGCUGAUUUUGGUUGUCAAGCAAGGUAAAGAUCAUUACUCUUCCUAAUGGCGAAUGAUUAAGAAAGGGAAAAGAGAAUCUGGAGUGAUAUGGUCGAUGGUGGCAGAUUAUGCUUCAAUUCAAGUUUGCUGCAACCAAAAGAGGUUAGCUUUGAUGCUAAAUGGAGAUCGAAGUGGGCCUUAUGCUUGAAGCAGAAUGUAUCACUUCAUUGGCUUCUGGGUUGACCGUUGCCGGUAGAAAAUUAAUUGUUCAGCUCUUCGUAACUUGCACAUGUAAGAUAUGACGAAUAAACGCUUGUACUGUAUUUUUUUUUAAUAUUAUAUGUUCCUAAAUUAAUUGCAAGCCUAGUUGUUUGGACCUUAAUAAAUAGCUUUAUGAUGGAGGCUUUGCCACGUACAAUAUCAUGUUGUAGGAAUACUUGCCCUUCGUAUUUCUUUGUUUUUCCUUUUUCACCUGAACACUUCGUAUUUCCAAGUGUUCUUGCUUAAUUUCUAGUUGUUUUAUGUCACAAAUUUGAUGAUGCCUUAUCUUCGUCUUAA